AUGUUGCCUUUAAGCCAUAGUUGUUCAUUUUUUAUUACCCCUUCAAAAUCAUUCAAAUUGAAUUUGACCCCAACGUUUUCUUAUCCUCCUUUAACCACCACCCGCUUCCGCUGCCGGAACGCCAUUGCCGACCAACCAUUCGGUCAUUCCUCACGCCGUUGGUGGGUUAAUUUUGUUUCCGCCGCGGCCGACGCAGCUGCCUCUGGCCUAGGUGGGACCUCUGACGCUAGCAGCGGCCGCGACGGCGGCGGAACAUUUGGAGCUGGAAGUUCAAGUAUUGGCAAUAAGGAAUCGAAGGUGAAUGCGAAGGGGGAGAGGUGGUCGCGGCCUCGGGAGAGUUACUUGACUGACAACGAUGAUGCUCUUCCUCUGCCAAUGACUUAUCCUGAUACUAAACCCGUUUCGCCUGAAGAAAUCGACCGCCGUCUUAGAUGUGAUCCCGAAAUCCAGGAUUGUAAGGAAGUUGUAUAUGAAUGGACUGGGAAGUGUCGAAGUUGCCAAGGAAGUGGAUAUGUCAGCUACUAUAGCAAGCGAGGGAAAGAAACCAUAUGCAAGUGCAUACCCUGCCUCGGAAUUGGAUAUGUACAAAAGAUAACAGCACGCAAGGACAUCGAUGUGAUGGAGGACAUAGAUAAUGGAAAACCACCCUGA